AUGGCGCAAACUACUGAGGAAGUUGUCAAUUCCUACGAAUGCUCACCUGAUAAACAGCAAAUGGUACAUAAAUUAUCUAUUUCUCUGGCAGGCGACACUCCAUCACGAAAACAUAGCAAAGAAGAUAUCCUGCGCAGGCAUUACCAGAACUUACAGCAUCUAGAGGGAUGUGCAAAGGCCAGCCAAGUCAAGCAAGUAAUUUUGCCAUCCGCAUAUUCCCCAUCCUCUGUGCCGCUGGAUGACCUUCAAAAGAUUUCGCUCGAUGAUCUAAAAUUAGAAACCCAUCAUCGCGGCUGCUUUGUCACUGGCAUGACCAUCACACCACCAUACCAGUUCUCAGAAACCAUUACUAUCAUCCAAGACGAGAGUGGCAGCGUUGCUAGUCUUAUACUAGGAUUUCAAGAUGACUCCCUGCUCAAUUCCGGAGCCAGUCUGCCUCAAAAUAGUACUGUGGCUAUAAAAGAGCCAUAUGUUCAGAUGAAUGAGGAUUCAGGCUAUGUUAUUCGUGUUGAUCAUCCUUCUGAUAUUGCUGUUCUUAGAGGAGAUGACCCUGCGGUUUCAAUGAUUAUGCAGUUUGUAGCUGAGAAGAAGGAAAUAUCUCCUAUGGAGUGGAAGAAAGAAGGCGAUAGGGCCUAUUUGGAGAGGAAGUACUCGUCUGCAAUUGAAUGUUAUACACAAGCCAUAGAUGCGGGCUUAAAAGAGUGUGAUCAGACUUUUGUAAAUGAUGCAUACCGAAAACGAGCCUUUGCCAAUCUCGCAGCGGAAAGCUUCCAAAACGCCAAAGCAGAUAUUUUAUCAUCCUGCCCAGAGGAAGCUGUAGAUUCCAAAGCGUGCUUUACGAUUGGACGAGCUGCCUACGAGCUAAGAGAAUAUGAGGAAAGCAAAAAUUACUUUGAAAAGGCUCUUCAAGCUACGCCCAACGACGUAAAGGCAAGGAAAGAAUAUAAUCGUGCUUUAGCCCGCAUUGGAGAGCAGGAAAGUGGAAAUUAUGACUUCGAGAAGAUGAUAGCAUCGGUCUCAGAUCGUCAUGUCCGCCUUGAUCACGCAGAUUUCAACAAAACCAGUGCUAUUGGCCCUACUGCUUAUGCCGGCCGAGGCGUCUUCACUACUCGAGACGUCCAAGCUGGAGAGAUUAUCCUCUGUGAAAAGGCGUUUUGCCUCCCUAACAUGUAUAGUGGGGAUGGGCCAACUGAUUCUGUUCUUUACAACUUCAACAACGGCUCGCAGACUCGCAAGUUCGCCCAGGUAGCUCUUUUCCAGCAAUUAGUUCAAAAGCUAUAUAAAAACCCCCAUCUCAAUCAAAGGUUGCUGGAACUAUAUGCUGGGGAUUAUGAAAGGUCAGGAAAGGAAGGGGAUAUGGUAGAUGGGGUUCCCAUAGUGGAUUCAUUUCUCAUAGAAGCCAUCCGUAUAAAGAAUUGCUUUAGCUCUCCACGCAUUUCUCGCAACCUUAUGAAACGCGCUCCUCCCGUACAAGAAAAAGAACUCACAAGCGCAGUCUGGACUAGAGCAGCAUACACAAACCAUUCAUGUGUUCCCAACUGUGGCCGCGCCUUCAUCGGCGAUAUGAUCGUCGUCCGCGCCCUCCACUUUCUCCCUGCAGGCACAGAGGUGACUGACCAAUACCUCUCUCCCGAUGCAUCAUUCAUGUACCGUCGCAACAUGUUCCCCCAAAGCUGGGGCUUUGACUGUGCCUGUCCACUAUGCUCAGCAGAGAAACGGUCCCCUGACUCGGCGCAUCAAAAAAGGAGGGACCUUGCUACGAAGAUCAAGACUGAGGCCACCAAAGUCCCAAUAUCCACAAAACUUUCCACCACAACCAUAAAGCACAUCGAGCGACUUACUAAAAAGCUCGAGGAUCUCCAUGAGCCAGGAAUAUAUGCCACACUCCCCCGUCUUUUACUUGUUCAUCCUAAUAUUUGGCUCAUGGAAGCGCAUCGAGCGAGUAAAAACCACGCGAAGACCGUCAAAUAUGCGUUAGAGCUUUUAAGAAAUUUCGGGUUUGUGAAUGCACUGGAGGUGGAGUUCCAAUUUGAGAAAGGGGGGCUUGUGAACUCCGAGAGUUUUGGGGCGCUAAGGUAUGCGGCGGAGGCUUUUGAGGCGCUGGGGAAACUAGAAGGAAAGGAGAAGUGUAUGGAUGCCGCUAGGAGGAUGUAUGUUGUGCUUGGAGGUUGUGAUGUUGGGAGGGAUGAGUUUCUGGCUAGCGGAGAGUAA